CCUCCCCCCCCCCGUGCUGCCCAUGGCUCCCAGAUAUAAAGAUGGGGAUGCCGUCGUGGCGGUGAAUGGAAAAUGGAUCGCCUGGACGCAUACCGUCGUCGCCUACACGGCCUUCUUCAGUGCCCUCGUGGUGGGCAUGUCCUUGCACUUCCGCAAGAUUGUCCAGAACGAACACUACGGCUACCCCGACGAAUGGUUUCCUUCGGUAUCGGCCACCAUCGGCGAUCGCUAUCCUGAACGCUCUUUCUUCCAAGUCUUCAUUGCUAUCACCUCGGGUCCUCGAUUCGCCCUGGUCUUCCUGUGGUACCUUCUGACUUCCCGCCCCAAUUCCGCCCUCCCAAAGCUGGUGGCUGGCGUGGGCUUGUUUCGGACUUUCACAUGCGGCGGCUGGACUUAUGUUACCUCGACUGAUGACCACGACUGGCACGAUAUCUUCAUGAUCUCAUACCUGGUGGCAACGCUGCCCUGGACUCUGGGCUGCCUCGCUCUCAGCCCGAACAACCGCCGCGCUGUCAAGUACCGCAAGGUCUUGGCGAGCCUCUUCUUCGGCACUCUGGUCCCUUUGAUCUACUACUUCAUCCAGCACAAGGUGCACAAGGUGCCUGGGGCUUACACCAAAUACGCCUUCUUCGAGUGGUCACUCAUCCUGUUCGACGUGGGAUUCGACGCAGUCACUGCGCUCGACUUCGACGCGUUUGAGAUUGUUGUGAGGGAUGUCAAGGGGGUCAGCAGAGGGCAGUUGAAGACCACUGCGGACUCCGUCCUUGAAAUAGAGAAGGGCAAGCCUGUUGGGAACACGUUUGGCGAAGGUUUCUUCUGGACCGAAAUCAUUGAUGCCGCCGCAGAUGUCUACAAUGGGUUUGUCUUUUGGACGAUGAUGACUGCCCUUCCUGUUCUGGUUUGGUAUUUCCCUCUCUGGCACAUGGGUAUCUCCGGAUAUGAAGCCGCCAUUGUCUGCUACCUUUCCCCCCUACUGCUCGGUAUCCCAGCUCUGAAGUCUGCGGCUAUCAAAACCCCCCGACUCUUCCACCUACUCUCGUUGUCCGGACUCCUGGCAUACAAAGUCCAGGACCCGGCCAACCGGCUCUUUGUGACCUCCUUCGGCGUUAUCUGCAGUUGCUUGACAUGGGCUGCUACCUUGUAUGCGGAGAGGGCGAACACCACCAGGCUGGAGUCCCGGAUCCUCUCAUGGAGCAUUGGGUUGAUCAUGUCGACCGUUGCCAAGUAUGCAUGCACGACCAACAACCCUCUGUGGCCCAUUAUGCACUCCGAGAAUGGUGGAUGGAACAAAAUCGGAAUUCUUUUCGCUGUCCUGGCUGUCCUUCGGUCCUACCGGAGACCUACCACGAGCGGAGGAGAUCAUUUGCCGUCGAGCGGCAAGAAAGGCUCUUGGCUCUUGGCCGGUCUGGGCCUUGGAGGCUUGUGGUUUGCCAUGCACUACCUUCUGUCAGACUCUAGCACGAUGAUCUCGUGGGUCUGGGAUGGAUACCCUGUGCGGGGCCCUAUUGCAGUUCCUCAUGGCAGCCUCAUCAUCUUUGCCAUGGGCGCUGGCCUCGUGUCCGGUCUCUUCUAUCCUUCCGUGGCUGGAAGUUGGACGGCGUUUGGAAUUGGCUCCUUGGGUGCGACCUUCCUUACCUGCUACGAACACUGGACUGGCUUCUAUGGUGCGCUUGUACUUGCGUUCUACCUUCUGGCUGUGACUCCCGUCCUGGUUUCCUCGGCUGUCAGACACUCUCCGGCAGCUACUUUCGGAAUCGCCUCCCUCCUGUACAUCUUCCUGAUUUUGUUCCACGUUUGGGUCGUUGCCUACGCUUUCGUUCCCGGUGGAUACCUUGUCAGGGAGCACACAGAUUGGGUCAUGAUUACCAUCAUGCUGUCCAUCGGUGCCGGUGUCUUUUCGGCCGGAGUGUCCAACGUUUCCAACCCGAAGAGCAAGGCCAUCAUCAGCCCUAACAGCCGGAGACAGCGGUCAUACUUUGUUUACGUUCUCGUGAUCUUGCAACUGCUGUCGGUCGCUAUCUCAUACCUCCGCUUCCCCACCAAUGACUAUACCCCUUACCACAAGGAAGACAAGGUUGCCACCAUGGGUAUCUGGACGGUGCAUUUCGGCCUCGACAAUGAUAUGUGGGCCUCUGAGCGACGCAUGCGGGAUGUGAUCCAGGAGCUGGAGCUGGACGUGAUUGGCCUGCUGGAAUCCGAUAACCAGCGCAUCAUCAUGGGCAACCGUGAUAUCACCCAGUUUGUGGCGGAGGAUCUGGGCAUGUAUGCCGACUUUGGACCCGGUCCCGACAAGCACACGUGGGGAUCCGCCCUGCUUUCCAAGUUCCCGAUCGUCAACUCGACCCACCACCUGCUUCCUUCCCCCGUCGGUGAGCUUGCGCCUGCCAUCCACGCUACUCUGGACAUGUAUGGAGAGCUGGUUGAUGUUGUCGUCUUUCAUUCGGGACAGGAGGAAGACCCAGAGGACCGCCGCCUGCAAACGGAGUACCUGUCCAACCUGAUGGGCUCUACACUUCGCCCGACGGUGUUGCUGAGUUACCUGGUCACGAAGCCGCUGGAGGGCAACUACAACACGUACGUGAGCGACAUCAGUGGCAUGAAGGAUAUCGACCCCACGGACUGGGACCGUUGGUGCGAAUACAUUCUUUUCAAGAAGUUGAAGAGAACAGGCUACGCCCGAGUCAGUCGUGACUCGAUCACCGACACUGAAAUUCAGGUCGGUAAAUUUGUGAUUGGUGAGCCGGAGCCGGAGAAUGAAAUGCGCAUCCCGGAGGAAAUGGUGCCUCCAGGGCUCCAAUUCCCCAGCCUGUUCCGCGGCCAGGGUGUUCGUGGUCACCGGUACCAUGUCUUUGAUGAACCCAGAUACUGGCAGUGAGUAGUUGCUCGUAUCUACGGGGGUAUGCGAUUCCCGAUAUCUCUCAGCAACCCCGAAUGUCUCCCUAUACUGUUCUUGAGUAUAGUUCAGAUUCCGAAACAUACCAGCAUUGCGUGGCCGACCGCCCGCGAUGGUUGAUAUGAUCUUAUACCGUGAAUUUAAUCGUACAUAUUCU